CGGAAGUAGCCGGAUUAUUUUCUUACCGAUCUGUUGUGUAAACACAAUGGCGUGAGGCCUGGGUGAUACUCCACAAAUACUUCUUUUUAAAAUUUGGUAUUGCACUUUAAGCCUUUUAUUUACUUUCUUUUUUUUCUGGAUUUUAAACUUUUAUUAAUGUAGAAAUGGAUAGUGAGACUUCAGAGUUUGACCACCAUUCAGGACCUGAGAUGAGCACAAACCAGGACAACGCUCCCGUUUACUGCAUCUGUCGCAAACCAGACAUCAACUGCUUCAUGAUCGGUUGUGACAACUGCAAUGAGUGGUUUCAUGGCGACUGCAUUAAUAUAUCGGAGAAGAUGGCAAAAUCCAUUAGGGUGUGGUACUGUGAGAAAUGUCGCAUUAAGGACGAGGCUUUAGAGAUGAAACAUCGCGCCAAGAAAAGCCGUGAGCGAGAGUCAGACGGAGACGAGAUGGAGACGGAGUUCGAUUUUAAGAACGAUCGCCGCCGAGGGUCGCGGAUUAAGCGCUCGGCGCGCAUGUGCGGGGAGUGCGAGCCUUGCCUGCGCACCGAGGACUGCGCUCAGUGUGAUUUCUGCAAGGACAUGAAGAAGUUCGGCGGCCCAAACAAGAUCAGGCAGAAGUGCCGACUCAGGCAGUGUGAAGUGCGCGCCAGGAAAAUGCUGCGGGUGAAGGAAGAGGAGAUGUCCAUGUCUAAAGGCCAAGAACGCUUCCAGUCCGACUACCCUCUGUCCGACGAGUACAGCGAGAACGAGCUGGAGCUCUACCAGCAGUACUGCUCCGGGAAAUACGCCGACCACGGAUGGAACAGCGACGAAGAAGACGGAGCGUACCUCGAUCCCACCAUGCGAAAGAGAGCCGUGAAGGUCAAGCACGUGAAGAGGAGAGAGAAGCGAUCGGAGAAAAAGAAAGAGGAGAAUAAACCCCGUAAACACAAGCCGAAGCAGAAGCACAGGGACAAGGUGAGACACAGCGAGAAGACCGAAGCUCGAGACAGCAGUGAAGUCAGACAGUGUCUCGGGCCGGGAUGCGUUGAAGCCGCACGUCUCAACUCCAAGUACUGCUCCGAUGACUGCGGCAUGAAGCUCGCCGCCAACCGGAUCUAUGAGAUCCUCCCUCAGCGUAUCCAGCAGUGGCAGCAGAGCCCCUGCAUCGCCGAGGAGCAGGGAAAGAAGCUUCUGGAACGCAUCCGGCGCGAGCAGCAGCUAGCCCGGACACGGCUCACGGAUAUGGAGAAACGUUUCCAUGAGCUGGAGGGCAUCAUCGCUAAGGCAAAGCAGCAGGUCGUGCAACACGACGAAGAGGUGAACGAAGGAGACGACGACACGGACCUUCAGAUUUUCUGCGUCUCCUGCAGUCACCCGGUCAACCCCAAGGUGGCGCUACGUCACAUGGAGAGAUGUUAUUCCAAGUACGAGAGUCAGACAUCUUUCGGAUCGAUGUAUCCCACACGCAUAGAAGGUGCAACGAGGUUGUUCUGCGAUGUAUACAAUCCUCAAAGCAAAACCUACUGCAAAAGGCUUCAGGUUCUCUGUCCUGAACAUUCCCGAGAUCCAAAGGUCCCAGCAGAUGAAGUGUGCGGAUGUCCUUUGGUGCGCGACGUCUUCGAGCCCACGGGGGAGUACUGCCGUGUGUCGAAGCGCAAAUGUAACAAACACUACUGUUGGGAGAAACUCCGCCGGGCCGAGGUGGACCUGGAAAGAGUCCGAGUGUGGUACAAGUUGGACGAGUUGUUUGAACAGGAGCGUAACAUGCGGAUAGCAAUGACGAACCGCGCGGGUCUCCUGGCUCUCAUGCUUCAUCAGACCAUUCAACACGACCCACAUUCAACAGACCUGCGUGCCAGCAAGGACAGAUAAUCAGCCAGGACUUUAUAUAUAUUUAUAUAUACAUUUUUCGAUUAUUGUAGUGACUGUUAGACAUUUUACAUUAAAAUAAACACAUGCUGGUAAUCACUUUGUAAACAAACAGCAUAAUGGCUGCUGGGAUUCAAAUAAAGAUUUUAUCAGCGCUCCAGGCAUUAUAUAAUGAAUUAAUCAGUGUAUUAUAUAGUUAUUAAUCAAUCAUUAUACUGUUCUACAUUUUUAAGGUUUAGACAGUAAUCGGUGCUCGUCUUGUUAUUAAGAAGCAAGAAUUGUGUGUUGUAUUAUAACAAAAUAAUAAUAAAAGUUUGUGUGGAA